UGUAAAGCGAAACAAAAUUGGAAAAUCCAGUAGACGCGGUUCGGUCGGCACUUGUCUCACCACUGGAAAGGCGGAGAAGAAGACGUUACAUUUGCAGGAAUUAGCGCGCAGGCAGGCUGUUUACCGGCGGGAAUGGCGAUAAACUAGACUGUACCUCUAGCAGCCCUAGGUUUUGGCAUUUGAAGAAUUGUCGCCGAGCAAGCUCAGGCUACGCUCAUAACUCAGGUGCAUGCUAGAUUGUGAAAUGAUAUGGCAAGCAAGUUACCUUUUGAAAUUGGGCAACUGGUAGAAUCACGUUGCUUUCUCAUUGGUUAUCGUGGUGCUUGGUUCCGAUGUAAGAUAAAGGACAUUGCCUGGAGAAUGGGGAGUCUAUCGUAUGAAUUGGAAUUUGUUGACUUUCCUGAUGAAGAAGUAGUAUGGACAAAGCCGUUUCAAAAACCACCUGCAGCCUUUGGUAUCCCAUCAACUGGGCCAAAAGGGCAGUUGAUGGUGCGUCCUCAGUUUCCACAAGUAUAUCGUGAAAAACAAUUAUCUGAUAGUACCAACUCUCAGCUAGAGGUGACUGUUGUUGUGAAUGAUGUCUGGAAGGUGGGGGAUUUAGUUGAUUGGUGGAAGGAUAACUGUUAUUGGUCUUGCAAAAUAAUUGCAAUAUUGGGAGAUGAGGAGGUCAAGGUUGAGCUGCUUCCCCCUCCAUUUGGUGAAGGAUCGGCUUAUCAUGCCUCCUCCAAGGAUUUGCGGCCAUCCUUAGACUGGUCUCCGGGAUCUGGUUGGACGGUCCCUGAUAUGAAGGUGAAUGGAAGUGCUCAAUGUGCUCGGGUGCUGAACAAUGGAAGUGUAGCCUCGAGACCCCAGAACGUGAGUCAAGGAAAUGACAGUGAAGCCGCAGCUGGAAACUCAAAUGCAUCGUUAGAUUUACAGGCUAGUUCCACGCGACCUACUCCUGCACCAGCCAGAAAGUCCAAGCAAAUGUACAGCAACACGGCAUCGAAGGGGAAACACGAACACACACCAGAAUUAAGUUCCGAUUCGAACCGUGUGAAUACAGUAGCCAAGAAAAAAAGUACAUCGGACAAUGACUCGAGUUCACCUACUCGAGAACGAAGCACGACAACAGAAACUCGAGGAACAAAAACUGAUGCAGAUGGAUAUAGUGAUGGUCAGUCUGUAAAGAAGAUGGUACCCGAUGUUAGUUUAAAUUCCAUGCACCAUGGUUCAUUAGAAGAUGCAAUUUUGGACAUGGAAGAGCUGAUAAACAGGAUUAAAUGGAUCAAACAAAUUUUGGAGGGCGGAACGGCUUUGCCAAAUGCUUCAGGAUCUUCAUGGAAAUUUCUGGAACACCGAUCCUCAUCUACACCGAAAUGAAUGCAUCACAAGAAUAGAAGGUAUUUUCACGAGUCUAUGGCAUGAACUCCCUGUUGAUUGAAUGGUUUAGAAAUGUUAGGCUUAACUCGGGAAAAGCAUCACUACUUGAGAAAAUUGCAGAACGCUCUCUGUUAUCUCACUAAAAUUUGAUGCAUCUAUCAGUAGUUACCAACCAAAAGUAUUUCAGCUUAAAAAUGUAGUCAUUCUCAUAUAUAUGUGUGUUUAUUUGUGGAUUAGUUUGUGUCCAUAUGAAAUUACUGAAGCUAAUUUUUUUUUAGUGU